AUGGAUUCUGAUCACGAAGAAUUAGAACUUGUUAAUACUGCUCUUGAUUAUACGAAGUUAUCGGCAUUAAAUCAACGUCGUCAAACAGAGAAUUUAAAUCACUUCUUAUUAAAUACUGUCCACUUUUUUAAUACAUUCAGUUCACAACUGGAAGAAAAAUUUCAAAAAUUAGAAACAAAUUUACAGCGAAUUGAAGCUGAUUUUUCUAUAUUAGACUCAAAACUUCGUUCAACUCCUGGCUAUCAGCCGCUCGAUUUAAUUGAGGUGAAUGUUCCAGCGGUGACUGAAAAUGUUCAGCAAGCUGUAGUUCCCACAACUGCAAAUAUUCCGGCUGCUCCACCAUUACCGCCAGCAGGAGCAUCUAAUUCAACAAGUCCAGUAGCACCACCACCUCCUCCGCCUCCAGAACCACCUCAAGUCGAAGCCGAUCCAAGAAUGGAGAAAUACAAGAAAAUGCUAGCAAUGCGUGUACCACCUCAAGGCGUUCGACAACAAAUGGUAAUAGAUGGUAUUGAUAAAGAAUUAAUCGAAGAUCAUCCAUUGAGCCCCUCGAAUCUGAUAUUGAAAGUAAAUAGAGAGUAUCAAGAUGUACUAAAAACGAUGAAUCCUCUUUUGAGUGAUCCACAAUUGAAUGCGGCUAUUUACUCCUCGACACCGCAAAUAAUUCAUUCAUUUUCAUCAAAACUAAAUUUAAUACCUCCUAGUCAUUUACCAAAUAAUCGUAAUGAUUUUAUUGCAACUCUCGUAUCCUCCAUUGUGCCUAGCAAUACGACUGAUCGACAACAAAGUCUUAUUGAAACAUUAAAAUAUCAACAGCAAAUUAUUGGAUCGAAUUCAAAAAAUUUAAAUGCAAAACGACGAAAAAAAAUGUCUCGAAAAAAAAAUAAACAAUUAACAAAACACAUCAGACAAUUACGAUAUGAAACAAAACAAGUACGACGAACAACAACCACUAACGAUGAGGGUAAAACUCUCAGGUUUCUUAUGCUAAAGAUUUCUACUGUUCAAACGUCAGCUGAAUCUUCGCCUAUAAAAUCAAAAACAAAACGUUCUGAAAACUAUAUUGAUUACAUAUUUAUGCACGAAUUAUGGUUACAAUAUAUUAUGAAAUUAUUAGAUGGUUUUCUAAAUAAUGAUGAUCUUAUAUUACAACGUCUGUCACAAGCUGAUUAUCAUGGUGCCUUAAUUAGCGUUUAUCGUUCGAAAAACCCUACACUUGUUGGAAAAAAAGGUAUUGUUAUACAAGAAACAAAAAAUAUGUUGACUAUUGUUGAAAAAGAUAAAAAUCAAUUAUGUUCAUUAAUUAAACGACAAUGUUUAUUUCGUCUUGAAAUUGGAGAGAAAACAAUUUAUUUAUCUGGUGUAGCGAUAUCUGUUCGUCCAGAACAACGAGGAAAUAAACGUUCAAUGGCUAUUGAUUAUAUGAGAGAAUUUUGUUAA